CUUCUGGAGACAUGGCAAACAGUUUUGGAUUCUGUUGGGAUAGUUUGACUUCCUCAUACAGACAGACAGCAAUCAUGGUUAAGGAUUUUUCUGUGGACUGGCUCGCCCAAAGCUUUCACGAUUCGGAGAAAAAGACGCACAGGCCGCACGUGCCGUGUGUGGUUCAACCGAGGCCUCCUACAUCCCACGACAAGGUAUAUUUGCAGCCAAAACCAAAGGUUUCCAAAGUUGAACAGAAACCAGAGACCAUUAAGGAGAACGAGGUCAGGACUCCAAGACACUGUUCAUCUCCAAGCUUUUCAGAAAACAGCGGCUAUUCGUCUGGUUAUGAAAGCGAAGCGGCCGCUUCUGAAUGCGCGUCCGCGGAAGAUGGGAACGACGUGGAAAAAGACGCGGCGACGCGCAGAAUCAGAACCAAAUUCACUCCGGAACAGAUCGACAAACUUGAGAAAAUCUUCUGCAAGCACAAAUACUUGGACGCGGGAGAAAGAGUGAAAACCGCAUUGAAACUCAAUCUGUCAGAAACUCAGGUCAGAACAUGGUUCCAGAACCGCAGGAUGAAGCUGAAGCGGGAAGUUCAGGAAAUGCGCGCUGACUAUCUUCUGCCUCAGAUGGUUCUUCCGGUUCAGUACCACUGCUACGACAGACAGCGACUUCCGUUUCCGGCUCACGGCGCGCUGGUGCACCAGAUGAUGACGCAUCAUCCGCUCGCUCCUCAUCAUCACCUCAUGAUGGCGAGGCAACACUACUACUGAAGACAGACACGUUCCCUUAUAAAAACACUUAUCAUAUUCUGUGUGCAAUGUGCUUUGUAAAAAUAGUGUUUAAUUAAAAAGAAGAGUUUAUUUAUUUUCAGAAAUAAAGUUUAAUGUCUAAGUAUG